AUGCAUGACUGGAUCGGUGAGGAUGCGCUCCACCGAACCAUUUGGCUAGAAAGAUGGGACGCUUGGCCCAACAACAUCACUACCGCCACCUUUCAUGUCCGCUUUGGCCGUCCAGCCGAUCCCGAUCGGGAAGAAGUUACAACGAAGUUUCUGGCACGCUACCGGCUCAUCCAUAACGUCCAGAAGUGCCCUGGUGAUCAACUGCCCAUGUCGCUCGUCAAAGAUAAGGCUAAGCUGAACGGUUUCCUUUGGCGUUGUUCCAGCUGUCGCAGCGCUUCCAGUUGCAGCAAGUAUAGUAUUAGGAAGGAUAGCUGGUUCACCGACUCCAAGCUAACUUUCUACCAGGAAAUGAGCUUGCUCGCGAGAUGGUCGACCGAUCCUGAGUUCCCCCCGAAGCCGUACGAGACCAUCCAGCAGCGCUGGAUGCGGCCAAUCAAUGGCCUCGACCUGAUCAGGCAAAGGGUUCUCGCCCUGGAUCGGCUCCUGCCGCUUGUCGCCGCCCCCACUCAGGUGGAAGCCGAGCUGGGACGCACCCUCGAGCUCACCCAGACCGCGAUCCGACAGCUUAAAGCGACACUCCUGCGUAUGCGCAAGGAAGACCUGGCGACACCGCCCUCGAGCGAGGACGAAGGGGACGACGACCAUCCCUGGCUGCUGCCGUCCUCUCAGGGAUCUCGCAGCACCAUGCUGCAUCCACCACCCGCCAACUAUCACAAUUACUAUCAACGCCGACGCAAUUCGCCU